AGAGACGUGGCAGGCUUCCGUUUAAACGCUCUGCGCCGUCAGCGUCGCCCUGUUUCACCCAGUUGCGACCGGCAGCGCCACCAGCCCCGGAGCUAACAACACCCACCAGCCGCACCGACCGGAGACAUGGCGUCGAAUAACGGCUCUGCCGGCAAAUGGGAGGUCGUGAAGAAGGGAAAGAAGAGCGGCGGCGGCGGCGGCUCCGGGAAGAGCCCGACCGACAAGAAGAGCGGCAGCGGGGGGAGGAGAGCCCUCGGCGAGUCCAACCAGCCGGCCAGACCGCCCAUUAAGAUGUCAGAGACUGUGUACGAGAGCUUGGAGAAGAUGGGGAAGAAGCAGAACAAGGAGCAGGUCCCACCACCGGCAGAGCCUCAAAACAAGAAGCCGUCGACGAGCAAACCGGCCAAGAAAUCACACUCCAGCAACACAGUCGCCCCGGCGGCAACUCACAAGAGCCUGGAGGAAGCCUUCAAAGCCUUGGAUGUUGGGGACCUGAAGCAGCAGUUGGCUCGCAGUCAGACUCUGUUCCCUGACAACCCAUCGGUCUGGGUCAAAGACCUGGCUGGUUACCUCAACCUCAACCUGACGGCGCCGGAGACCGAACCCACGCUCAGCAGCUACACUCACGAUUACCCAUACUGCCUUACGGGGAAAGAGCUGAAGGGCGUAAUCAAAGGCCUCAUCGGACGCUGCAGUGACAUUCUGCCAGAUUUCUUCGACCACUGUGUUUACACGAUGCUCAGGGAGCUGGACAGACAGACAGGAGAACCACUGCAUGGCUACAGAGUUUGCAUUCAGGCAAUCCUACAGGACAAACCCAGAAUAGCUACCCAGAAUCUGCCUGAGUAUUUUGAGUUGUUGCGGUCAGUUAAGAAUCGUCCUGUGAAGUGUUUGACCAUCAUGUGGGUCCUGGGACAAGCCGGAUUUUAUGACCUCAGCCAGGGACUAAGAGUUUGGCUGGAUAUCAUGCUUCCGGUGCUGGAAGUGAAAUCGUUGUCUGCGUAUGCCAUCGCCUACCUGGAUCGACUGCUCCUACUUCACGCAAACCUGACAAAGGGAUUCGGCAUCAUGGGUCCUAAAGACUUCUUUCCUUUACUGGAUUUCGCCUUCAUGCCCAAGAAUGCCCUGUCGUCAAGUCUGCAGGAGCAGCUGCGACGUCUGUACCCGCGACUCAAAGUCCUGGCAUUCGGAGCCAAGCCCGAGAGCACAUUACACACAUACCUGCCGUCCUUUCUGUCCAGAGCCACGUCGCACUGUCCCAACGAAAUGAAGAGAGAGCUGCUCAGCAGUAUGACAGAGUGUCUUUGUGUGGAUGUACAAAGUCUCGGCGUGUGGAGGCAGCUCUAUACGAAACACUUACCCCAGUCCAGUCUGCUGUUAAAUCAUUUAUUGAAGUCCUGGAAGGUCCUGCCACCAAAACUGCGAAACAAUCUCGAGGAAACGAUCCAGUCGUUCAAAGUGACCAACGAGGAGAUGAGAGGCGUCAUUCAGUCUCAGGAGCUUCAGGAGUGCAACAACCUGUGUCAGAAUCUGCAGGUGAAGAUGCGCGGCCGCGGGUUCCCCUGGUCCAGACUGCUCAUGGUCCUGUUCGUAUUCGCCGCCGGCUUCAUCGCGCAAGACGUCAGAUCUCACGGCUCCUUCGCAGACUCCACCACGGCGAGGUAUCUGCGCGACUCAGGGGUCACGGGCGUUUCUCAGCAGGCCUGGAGCAAAAUAACAGUCUACACGAAACAGGGCUUCAGCUGGAUGGAGACAAACACCCCUUAUUAUUACUCUGAGUGUGCGCGUGUACUGGGGCCUCUGAUGGAACAGGGAGUGGAGAAGACGAAAGGAGCAGCCGUCCUCCUCUCUGACAACACCACACAGUUCAUCCUGUGGGUCAAAGUAAAGACACCGCUGGUCAUAGAAUGGGUGAACACCAACACUCCAGACAGUGUGUUCGAGGUGCUGGCGUAUCUGAAGGAGCUGCUCCUCCUGCUCCAUCAGAACUACGUCCUUCCGGCGCUGGCCUACAUCUCUGACCUGCUGCUGCGAGCGUGGACCAACCUGCAGGACUCGUGCAACGGCGAGGUGUCGGUGUCGUGUCUGCAGGGCCACGCGUUGUCCUUCACCAAUUCAACGUGGCAGCUGCUCCAACACACGACUUCCUCCAUCAAGACGUGGGCUCAGGAGCUGCUGACGCGAGCAUGAUCACACACACACACAAUGACAACGGAUGCUAAUUAAUACACACAAACACACACACAAGAAGUAAUGCGCGCACACAAACACACACACUGACCCGGCCUGAGGCUGCCUUUCAGUGUGUCUGCUCCUCUCUAGAGCUAAGAUUGGACACUGUGGAGUCAGACAAACAGACGCUCACUCUUCGAUUUUUUGGCUAAAAUUGAUCAAUUGGUUUGCUGUUUGUAUAGAUUGUUUUUUUUCUACCAAUCCCUUUUUGUCACCGCUGGACGAAGAGGUUGACUUCUCUUCUCUCUCUCCCUGAGUUUUCUACUGCAGAUUUCAACUGUUGCUUUGACAGGUUGUGUAAUUUAUAGAACACGUAGGUUUGUAGAUGAUUUAUAAGAUGUUUUUAUUUAAAGAUAUAAAAAUAAAUAAAGUGUUAUGUAGUUAUGGAAACUUGCUGAAGGGCAGGGAAGAGACCAAUUAAAAAAAAAGAUAUUCCACACUCUUAAGACCUCAUCAGUUAAAACCGAGGGCCACUUCCACCUCCUCCACUGUGUCCAGCUCACGAUGAAGUCAGAUCAGCUGCGGUAUGAUUGUUUGUGUGUUCGGCCGAGUGAAGCCUUCGUCAAGCCUGAGAAACAAUGUCCAUGUCAUAAUAAAGAUAUCAUGGGGAAGGGGUCACAUCUGCAGGUGGAUUGACUCCCGGAGAAGAUUUGGAGAUAAUAAUGUGAAUCUCAUCUGUCCAAGUGGAGAGAGAGAAAAAAUAUUCUUGUCUUUGCUGCUUUUUUCUGUCCUGUAUCUCUUCUUUCUUUCUUUUUCUACAUCUGUCAUCAGCACCUUCGACACCCAAGUCAAAACCAGCGCUGCAGCUGCGCACUCCCCCUCUGAAGGCUGAUGCUAUUCUGUCUGUGUGUGUGUGACUCAGAGUGCAUGGUUCAAUGCGCGUAUUCUCUUUGAUUAACACCCCCGUGCCAACAUCAUCCGAUACACUGAUAAUUUGACCUCAGAAGAAAGAAAGAAAAGAAUAUUAACCCUCCUCCAUUAACCUCUGCUCGUUAACACGAUGUUUGAAAGGAUAUGGCAACGAUUAGAUGUCUUACUUUGUAAUGUAAAUGAUUUAUAAUAAAGACUUCAACCCCA